AUGCCAGAGAAGAAAAAAAAGAAAGAACAAAAACCGACCGUUAAAAAUGGUUCGAUUUUAACAGAUGAUGAAUACAGCACUAUGAGUGAUUCAGAUAGGGAUGAUGAAAGUACUCAAGUUGACUCAACAAGCAUUUCACCAUCCGCAUUGAAACGUCGUGUAAGUUUUCUUCCAAAAAAGAAAAAUAAUAUAAAUGGAAAAGUAUCAGCAAAACCAUCACCAACGAGUCCAACAACGUCAACAGCAACUCCAGUCGGAAAAAUGCGUCGACGACGUCUACGUACUACAAGUCGUUCUGGCGAUGAUCGUAUUUCAUUUCAGGGUCGGAAUCCAAUUUACACAGCAGGCCGUCCAGCUUGGUAUGAUGCAUCAGGUGAAAUAAAAGAAGCAUUUGUUAUUGGUAUUUGUGGCGGUAGUGCUAGUGGUAAAACAACUGUAUCACAAAGAAUUGUUGAGAAAUUAAAUGUACCAUGGGUAACUUUGUUAAGUAUGGAUUCAUUUUAUAAAGUUCUUUCUGAUGAACAACAUGAACAAGCUAAUGAAAAUAAUUAUAAUUUUGAUCAUCCUGAUGCAUUUGAUUUUGAUCUUCUACUUGAAACCUUAAAAAACCUCAAAAUGGGUCGACAAGUCGAUAUUCCAUUGUAUAAUUUUACUACACAUUCUCGGGAAACUCAUACAAAAAUUCUUUAUGGUGCUAAUGUAGUCAUUUUUGAAGGAAUUUUGGCUUUUACUAGUAAAAAAAUUCUUGAUAUUCUUGAUAUGAAAAUAUUCGUCGAUACGGAUGCAGAUAUUCGUCUUGCACGUCGCCUCGAACGUGAUAUAACUGAGCGCGGACGUGAUAUAGAUGGUGUUAUACAGCAAUAUACACGCUUUGUGAAACCCUCGUAUGAUCAUUACAUUGCACCAACAAUGAUUUAUGCAGACUUGAUUGUUCCUAGAGGUGGUGAAAAUCAAAUUGCUAUUGAUUUAAUUGUGCGUCAUGUGAAUCGUGAACUUCAAAAACGUGGUGUAAAAGUAAGAAAUGAAUUAGUUAAUCGGUUAGGAGUUAUGUGUGAUUUACCCAUGCCUAAUACAUUUUAUCUUAUCGAACAAACAGCACAAAUAAAAUAUCUUCAUACAAUAAUAAGAAAUAGACUCACUGGUCGUGACGAAUUUAUUUUCUAUUCUAAACGUCUCAUGCGAGUAUUAAUUGAAUAUGCUCUAUCAUUAUUACCGUUUGAAGAUGUCAGUGUUGAAACACCUCAGGGUCUUUUUUAUAAAGGAAAAAAACAUGUUUACGCUAAUGUUUGCGGCGUAUCAGUAGUUCGAGCUGGUGAAUGUUUAGAACCGGCAUUGAUUGAAAUUUAUAAAGAUGCUAAAAUUGGUAAAAUUUUAAUUCAAACAAAUCAAUUAACUGGUGAACCAGAGCUUCAUUUUCUUCGAUUACCGCGUGAUAUUUCUGAUACUUAUGUAUUUAUUCUUGAUGCAACUAUCGCUACUGGAGCAGCAGCAUUAAUGGCAAUACGAGUUUUAUUAGAUCAUAAUGUGCCUGAAGAUAAAAUUGCUCUUCUCUCAUUAUUAGUAUCAAAACAAGGAGUGCUAACAGUUGCUUAUGCAUUCCCAAAAGUUAAAAUAGUCACAACAGCCUAUGAUACACAAUUGGAUCAAGAAACAGGCUUUAUAUGUCCAGGUUUAGGCAAUUUCGGUGAUCGAUAUUUUGGUACUGAUCCAAUAGUAUCAGACAAUGAAGAUAUCAUCUAUGGUCAAUGCGGUUAUGUUAGUUCGCAAUCAGUUACGCCAAAUUCACCUCAGCAAUCAUCAAAAUUAAAUCAUUCGAAUCGAGAUCUAUCUCCAUUGAAUACAUUACGAUCAAACGAUCACGAAGAAGUAUUCCAAAAGAUAUAA